CAAGUAACUAAAUUACUAACCAAAUUACUAACUAACUUACAGAAUGAGACUUGCUUGAACCUUUCAUUCGGAUUCAUGGGUUACUUUGUAAAAUCCUUCGUCAUUACUCACUCACUUGUUCUUAUUUUGUCUUAUAUUCUGUCUCCCACAACAUCAUGCUUAGACCUCUUGCUUUCUUGGCCUUGUUAGUCGUUUUGGUCAUUUACUUGAAGCAACCCUCUUCAACUCGCCACCUUGACUCUCCUGCCGGCUAUGAAAAGUCCAAAGCUGUCUAUCUUAAAAACCAGCCUCAGAAAGCCUUUGUCCAGACAAAACGCACCGUCGCUGUCGGAGAUCUGCACAGCGAUCUACCUCAGACCCUAGCGGUUCUGAAGCUUGCUAAGGUCAUUGACGACAGUGGCGACUGGGUCGGCGGAACUGACACGCUCGUCCAAACUGGUGAUCUUGUCGAUCGUGGCCCAGAUACAAUUGCUGUUUACAAUCUCUUUGAUAAACUUCGCAAACAAGCUCAAGAAGCUGGAGGAAAGGUUGUCAAUGUCUAUGGAAACCAUGAAGUCAUGAACUUAGGUCAAGAUCUGCGUUAUGUAACAGAAGAAGACUUUGCUUCCUUCGGAGGACGCGUGAAACGUAAGGAAGCUUGGGAUGUUCGGACGGGCUGGUUAGGUAAAAUGAUCUAUCGAAACUUCAACAUCACCUACAUUCAUCAUGGACACACCGUUUUCAGCCAUGGCGAUAUGGAGCCUGAGUGGGCACGUCUCGGAAUCGACACCUUGAACCGCCUAGCAAGCGAAGCUAUCUGGAACUCUAAUUACCGGGCAUCUAUCUUUCAAAGCACAGGUCCUAUCUGGAGCAGGUCGCAUGCUUUAGAGGAAGGGGGUGAACAAGAGACAUGCAAGAGGAUCGAAGAAGUUAAAAAGACACUUGGGGUAAAUCGUCUCAUCUCAGGCCACACCCCACAAUAUGAAAAUGGUAAAAUCCUGUCGAUCUGCAACGGAAGCUAUAUGGUUAUUGAUACUGGCAUCAGUAGAUACUAUGGUGGACAUUUAGCUGCGCUUGAGAUCUUGGAAGAUGGUGAUGGCAAAGAAACUGUCUUCGCAUUAUAUCCAGGAGGAAAGCGACAGCUAUAGCAGUAACAACUAUUCUUAUUCUGCACAUAGCAUUGACAUAAAAGAAAGUAACAACAUAGGAGACUGGUACUUUUAUGUACAAAUUGAAAUAAAAAAAUACG